GUCUUCCACUCAUCACAAACGCAGGCCAAGGACGAAGGCAAGGCACACACGCGUACACUCUGACACACACGUACAGGCGCGGGACUUGAAGAGCGUGUAUGAUAUAGCGGUUCCAAAGGGGAGGCAAGGGAUUUUUGUACCCUCACACACACACCACAACAUUGUCCAAGAUGGAGCUUUUUGAGACCAACCCUUACUUCUUCCCAGACCAACGCUUUUAUGAAGGAGGGGAUAACUACUUCCCCUCUCGCCUGCCCGGGGCGUAUGACCAAGUUGGCUUCCAGGACAGGAACUCCAUGAUGGGUUUGUGCGCAAGUCUGUCUGGAGGUGUUGGGGUGACGCCACCUGAGGAUAAACCCUCACCGUCCAGCCUGUCGCCUCAAUCUGAGCCUCAUUGCCCGGGUCAGUGCCUGCCGUGGGCCUGCAAGCUGUGCAAACGGAAGACGGUGACCAUGGACCGUCGGAGGGCGGCCACACUGAGGGAAAAGAGGCGCCUGAAGAAGGUCAAUGAGGCUUUUGAUGCCCUGAAGAGGAGCACCCUGAUGAACCCUAACCAGAGGCUGCCCAAAGUGGAGAUCUUGAGGAGCGCCAUUCAGUACAUUGAAAGGCUUCAGGCUUUGGUGUCCUCCUUCAACCAGCAGGACACAGAGAUGGGGCAGCAGGGACUGCACUACCGAGCUGGACAGAACCAACCCAGAGUGUCGUCGUCCAGCGAGCCCAGUUCGGGCAGCACCUGCUGCAGUAGCCCGGAGUGGAGCAGCACCCCGGAGCAGUGCACGCAAAGCUACAGCAGCGAGGAGCUUCUGAGUGCCUCCGAAUCUCCAGAGCAUGCCACCAUCCAGACCCUGAGCUCCAUUGUGGACAGCAUGGCAGCAGCAGAUGGAUCUCUGCCCUUUCCUGUGGACAUUCCCAAAUAAAAACCUCCCCAGAGUGGACCCAAGGAAGCACACAGUGCCCCAAACAUAUUCAAUAUCAACUCAAUAUCAAUAUUUAAACUAUAGAUCAUUUUGACAGUAACUAAUGAAUUCCACCUUUGGCCUUAUUUCCUUUAUUCCCUGCCUUAAAGCCACAGUCCAAACAUUUGGAAGCUUACAGUUGAAAAAAACGUUGCAUGAACAAGGGCCUUGUUUCUCUCCUUACUUAAUUUAAGCUUUCCUCUUUUUCGAAACCUUUCCCUGAUCUUUCACUCUUGUGUGUGUUUUUAAUGCAAAAAACUAAAGAACCAUGAGUUUAUUUGUGGGGCCAACCUGUAUCAUGGCAGUUUUGACCAAGAUCUGCUUAAAUGUUUAACUGGUUACAGAUGCUAGUGAUGUAAAUACGUUCCCUUUUUCUACAGAGUGGUUUUGCCAGUUUAUUUUGUAUUGUUUUGUCUUUUUUUUUUGCUAACUUAUUGUUGACUUUUAUAACUAAGAUUGUUGUGUAUUUGUAGAUGUUUGGAAAUGUGAUAUUUCCUGACCAGUCCUUGUAAUAAAGACCAUUUUCAAUACAAUGUCUACGCUAUUAGUAAAUGCAGACAAAAAAGAUCUUAGUGUAAUUCACGAAAAUUGAAUUAAUCAGUACCACUGCCAAGCUGUCCCCAUCACAAACCCUUUAUAAAUUUUACAUACAAUAUUUUAAGUAUAUUUUACCAUUUUUUACUGCCAUUCCAUUGUAUUCAGUA